GACACUGAUUGCUUCACGAAUAAUAUGUAUUAUCUCUCUUCCAGAAAUAAAAUAGGCUGAUGGGCAACAAUACCAUAUUUACUUACUUCUACAUUUUAGCAUUUUCCAGUGAAGGAGAGAAACAGCCGAUGCUUUUUAUAGCCUUUGCCAUUGUGUACUUAGUCGGGGUAUUUGGAAAUCUAAGUAUAAUCACAGUGACAUGCUAUGAUAUUCACUUACACACCUCCAUGUAUUUUUUACUUGCCAACCUGUCCUUUAUAGACAUAUGUUACACUACAACAACCCUCCCCAAACUGCUGCACAUCCUACUCACUAGCAAGAACAUCAUCUCUCUCCCAGAAUGCUUCACUCAGAUGUUCUUCUACACAAUGACAGCUCAAAGUGAAGGUGUCUUGUUGGCUUUCAUGGCAUACGACCGCUAUGUAGCUGUCUGUGAUCCUUUGAAAUAUCACGUCAUAGUUAAUAUUAAAAAAUGCACCCUGAUUAUGGCAGGAAUCUGGACAUCUUCACUUACAAACUGUAUUUUGAGUGCUUCAAUUAUAUCACAGUUACAUUUUUGUGGUUCCAAUACAAUUAAGCAGUACUUCUGUGACAUCAAAUAUGUGGCACAAAUGUUCUGUGAGGCAAUAGGUAUCUACUAUUACCUAUAUUUUGGAACUGUGAUUUUUGGUGUCCUUCCAUUGCUACUCUGCUUAACUUCGUAUUCCAAAAUAAUCCUCUGCAUCCUACACAUUAAAUCAGUAACUGGUAGGAAAAAAACGUUCUCCACCUGUUCCUCGCAUCUCGCUGCCCUCCUUCUGUUCUAUGGAGCUGCUUCAUGGAUGUACAUGGCAUCAGAAAACCCCAGCAAUGUAGAUUUGUUGAUCACUGUGAUUUUUACAGCUAUGACUCCCAUGCUGAACCCCGUAAUAUACAGUCUCAGGAAUAAGGAGAUAAAGAGAGCCAUAAAGACACUUGUUUCAGGACAAAUUAUUGUCAGCACUUCAUAA